UUCCGACCGCAGACAUUUAAGUCAAAAACAUACUGAACAGCACAAAAGUAAAUUGUUAACGAUAAAAGAAAUAAUACCGUCAAACAAGAUCCUGUCAAAUCAAAUAGGUGUAAUCAUUGAACAUAUAGAGAUCCAGUUAGAGUUAAUAUCUCAUUACAAGGUUAUCUUAUCGUUUUAGGUUGCGACCUAUUAAAGAGUUAGUUAAGAGAGUUAAGUAUGCAUUACAGUGGUAAUUACUAUGUGGUUCAACAUACUAUUGCUAUUUGUGCUAUUUACUUUCGUCGCGCCGAGCGAUGACAACGACGAGCCUGUUUUAUAUUAUUAUGGUCUUGAGGAGAGUGAGCGCAGUCUGCCGCUUUGUAAUGAUCGUCAGGCGUGUUCAGCGUUGAUACUGCGGUACUGGCGCGCACCCGCGCUGGUGCGACUGUGUCGCUGUGCUCGUCGCAUGCGCUGUGACACUCGUGCGCAUAACGAUAGUCUUAUUGAACUAAACAAUCGAGCUCAUUUACAGUUCUGUAAACCUGUAACUGACUGGCCGGAAUGUAACAUAAACGAAAAUGCACUAAGCAUAGUCACAACACACUACCAAAUGAAUCCUGACAAACUUGAGGAAUUGCAUCACGUGAAUAUGCAGCUCACACCACCAAACAUAACAUUUAACUGUCGGUGUCGUAACCCUAACUACUGGAAGCUAUCUUCCACCGAGGACACUAAUCGUAAAUACCGGUGUGCAUCACUUCCACUGUGCAAAACUGGAGAGUUUUGUGGAAAUGUGAACCAUGACUUGAACGCGCUUUACCAGUCGUGUUUAUGCCCUAAACACCACAUAUGUGUGCACAACGGCGGUGUAACUCACAUGCACAUCUCAGAGUUGCUUUACGAAGGCAGAGGAUGGAAAGCUUACUGCCAAAGGAUAGAAAACGACGACAGUUACGAAGAUUAUUAACUUACUCGUGCGGGUUGUGAAGCAAUGUCUUUAACGAUCGUCUGGACUUGUUCAUUGAAGUUUUCAGGCCAUAAUGUGCGGCUUACCAAUCCACCUUGCAAUGCUUCCGAUGCUGACAACCGACGACCAAAAACGAUCAAAUCAUUCAACUGCAACAAGUAUUUUGUAGUUUUAGAAUAAAUAAACUGAAUAUUUUAGAGUAACAAAUA